ACCUGAUAUGAAUAUGAAGAGAUUUAAAAAAUCCGCCGAAAGGAUUUCAUUACCAAAAUUUAACGAGGAUGAGUUACUAGAAUGCCUAAAAGAUCUUGUUCGCCUUGAGGAACGCUGGAUUCCUGCGGAUAGAGGAUACUCACUGUAUAUACGUCCAACUCUCAUUGGCACCCAAGAAUCCUUAGGAGUCGGUGCAACUUCGCAGGCUCUUCUCUUCAUUAUUUGUUCACCAGUAGGACCGUACUAUAAGACGGGAUUUAGCGCUGUUCAGUUGUUAGCCACAACCGAAAAUGUAAGAGCCUGGCCCGGUGGUACUGGAGAUGCAAAAAUUGGUGGAAAUUAUGCACCUUGCGUCAAGCCUCAACUCGAGGCAGCUGAAAAAGGUUAUCAGCAAAAUUUAUGGUUAUUUGGUGAGAAUGAUGAAAUUACCGAAUCUUCGAAAUUAAUAUUAACAUUAUUAGAAACUGAACUUGUAACACCGCCCCUGGAUGGAUCUAUUCUUGCGGGUGUGACGCGUGAUUCUAUAUUAAGUCUUGCUCGUUCGUGGAACGAGUUUAAAGUCUCUGAGCGGAAAAUUACCAUGCCUGAAAUAGUAAAAGCUACAGAAGAAGGUCGCUUGAUAGAGAUGUUUGGUUCAGGCACUGCCUGCGUUGUUAGUCCCAUUAAAGGCAUUUACUACCGAGGUCUAAAUUUAACGGUACCAUUAGAUCCGAAUGAUGCUUCUAGCCAAGCAGGGCCAGUAACUAGGCGACUUGCUGAUACAUUAAUGGGGAUACAAUACGGUGAAAUUCCUCACAAGUG